CGCUCGUGACGUGAGGAUCUACUGUUUUUCACCGCGUUACGCUCUCGCAAACCAACACUUGACGUUCCGGAUGUUUAUUGUUCAUAAAAUACUCUAAAAUAUAUACAUCUACAUAUAUUUGUAUCACUUGUCAAGAACACUGUCCGUUUUACCGAUAACCCAGUGGUGAAUCUCGCAAUAGAUUUAUUUUAUCAACUGUUUUAGAUUUUUAAAAUCCGGAGCAGUUUGAGUGGAGUUUGAAAGUUACUACUUGGUGAUAAGUUGCGACGAACUUGACAGAGAGUAAACGUGUGACAUCACCCUUUACUCACUCGCGAUAUAAUUCGCGGGUCGCUGUAGCAACAUCAGUACCAGUAAAUAAACUAUCAGGUACUUUUUUUUCCCACUCGGACUAAUCGAGUAACGUGGGAGUUUUAAAUAGCCAUAGAAUGACUGUGGAUGCUGUGUGGCUCUGAACUACUGACGGUCAUUUAAUCCACACGGUUGAGUAGAGCAUUCGCUACGCGAACAAGAGGAUCGCGUGAACCGGAAGACUCAUCGUAACCCGGCAUAUCAUAAUCAUCUACAUACGCUGCCGCGUUGUUUGUGCUGCUAAUCCAUUCUACGCUGCAGUGAAAAUAUAAAUAUAUAACAAUAAUAAAAUAUAAUAAAAACUCUAACGAGACUUUGUACUCUUCGGAGCGCGUAUUAUCGGAGUCGUUUCGUCAUGUGCUAACGUCUUGCCACAAGUUACCGAGCUCCGUUUCGCCUCCCUAAUCUGAAUAUUAAAACGUUACGUUUAUUAUUUCUUGUCCUUACUUAAUUUAUCUCGCGGUUGUUUUUUAAUUCCUGUUAUCGUGGAAUCAUACGGGCGUUUUUAUCUGGCUACGUGUCGAUUGGACAGCGGGUUUGCUGGACAGGAGCAGAGGAGUUGGGUACCAGAGUCCGAGCAGGAGUCCAGCAGCAGCAAGCCGGCGAUUUAAAAGUUGGGGGCCAGGCCUGAAUAUGUCAGCCAAGCGAAAGGCCACUGCCAUCAUGCAGCACCACAAGGUAAUUGUCACGAAUUAAACAGUAAGCGCGUGCACGAGACAAUCUGCUGCUAUAAAGUGAUAUGAGGAAAACAUUUCGACCCCAGAGCCUGCAGAUAUCACUGAAGACGAUCAUUAUUCUACCACACUCAUGAAAGACGCGGAUAAGCUGAAGCUGAUGCUGCUCGCGUGGAAUUAUAAUCUUCAGCAGCAGGCCCAGGCGCAGGCUGCAUCUGCGGCACUGUCGCCAAAUAACUCAUCAACUACAACAGCCAACACCAUUGGCACACCUGUCACCAGCCAAUCAGCCAUUUCCACGGCAAACAACACCAUUAACAACUGCACACUCACAGACUCACGAAAUGGGACGUCAGAGCUCGGGGAAUUAUCCUCAGCGGUCCCUAGUCUCGGCACAGUCGCUGGCGUCGGAGGCGAAGAUAUGGCGUCUCUGUGGGCGUCCUAUGCCAUGGGACUCAAGAAGACACCGCCGCCAGCGUCGUCUUGCACACCCUCGCGCUCAGACCGGGACCGGGAGUCGAGUCCGACCGGAGGCGAGGGCGCCGGCAGCGCCCAGGACGAGACCAGCAGCAGCGGGAACAAAGAAGACGAGGAUGACGACGACGAGGACGUCGACGAGAGACUCGACCCACGUCACCACGACCCAGAGCGUCUCAAGGCGUUCAACAUGUUCGUCAGACUCUUCGUCGACGAGAACUUGGACCGCAUCGUUCCAAUCUCGAAGCAGCCAAAGGAGAAGAUCCAAGCAAUUAUCGACAGUUGCACUCGACAGUUUCCCGAGUUUGCUGAACGCGCGAGGAAGCGAAUCCGAACGUAUCUGAAGAGCUGCAGGAGGAACAAGCGGGGCAGAGAAGGCGCACCUUGGGACGCGGCGAGACCGACGCCGGCUCACUUGACCUCGGUGCAGGCGGAGCAAAUUUUGGCAACGGCUUGCGAAAACGAGAGCGACAACGCGAAACGCAUGAGGCUGGGGCUCGAGCCGGUCUCACAGCCCAUGCCCACACUGCCAGCGGCUACGCAAACGGACGUGCGAUCGAGCUUGGAGCACUUCUCAAGCACUCCAAUAAAAUCGCUACCAGGAAAGAGAGAGGACACACCACCGACGUCGAUGACAUCCCUCGCGCCUCUCACCAGCUUGGCCAGUUUACCCAGCAGUACCCUCGCCUCAACGCCUCUGUCGCUUGCACCAACAUCCAAACUAUUGACGUCCUCCGACAACAAGGGUCUUAUGAGCCAAGCGACGAUAGUUAGCUCAUCAGCGGUAAACGGCGUUGCAAGUGGCGGUGCACCCACCGCGAUGUACAGACCAAACUUCAGCCAAGCAUUCCAGCGCGCUGGGCCCACCAAUGUGCCCCCGACUCUUUCUGCUGGACUUUAUCCUACUCAGAGCUUCACAUCUGGCCUGCUAAGCAACGGUACACAAAGACCUACUGAUCUGAGUAUGAAAAACACGAAGCCGUUGCUAAGCCACAAGUUGAAUGCCACUGAAAUGACCGCCGUGAGGCAGCUGAUAACCGGGUACCGAGAGUCGGCGGCAUUUUUGCUUAGAUCUGCCGACGAGCUCGAACAGCUUUUGCUCCAGCAGCCGUAAAUUCUACUGGAUCAUCAGCUGAUAAAUAACAACAUCACCAACAAUAAAAUCUACUGAUAACUGGAAAAUUUAACGCGAGCGACCAGCGAGGAGCGGAAGGAAAAUUCGAUAAAAUAUUAUCGACUUACCGACAGUCGUAAUCGCGACUCCCGCCGCGGGCAUGGAAAAUUUCACAUCCCGGCGGUCAAUUUAUUUUACUUUUUAAUGCUGAAAAAAAGUUCAUCAGCAGCCUAGCUUACGUCUAAUUGUUUAAUUGCUCGGUACUUUAUCACUUUUUUUAUUAUUUACUACUUAAAGCUUUCAUAUAAAUAAUAUUAUUACAUAUUAAUAAUAAUAAUAAUAAUAAUAAUAAUAAUAAUAACGAGUCUAGUGAAUGGAUAAGUGUAAAUGUACUUUAAGAUUAAGUUUAAAAAAAGUAAUAAAAUGCGCAAUUAAUAUCUAGAGUUAAUAAUUUUCGAGUGACCACUCAUUGGAAUAAUUGAAUAUUUAAUUAUAAAUAUAUGAUAAUUAAUUGAAAUUAAUAAACAGGGUGUACAUAGACGAAGAAAUUAAAAUAUUUACUUAAUUAACGUAAGAAAUAUUAUAUUAUUAUUAAUGUUUUUGUGUGAAUACGUGACUGCUUAUGCGAAUCAUAAUAAUUAUUAUUAUUAUAAAAAUAUAUAAUGAAUGUAAUUAAAAAAUGCUUGAUUAUUUACAUACUUUACUUGGAGUAAAUCAAUUGUUUAUAAUUUUGUUAAUGACUCGAGUAAUUAAAAAAAAAUAAAAUGUUGAGAUUUGAAGGGACGAAUGAAAAAUAAAAUAAUUCGGUAAUUAUAUGAAUUAUGUUGUGGAUUGUGUGCUGUACAUAUUAUUUAAGUAUAAGUAUUUUAUGUAGAUGUAUACAUAAAUUUGUAUGGGUAAUCGUGUAGAUAUCGGACACGGCGAUAAAUGAACAUUGAGCGGUUGUUACCAAGCUAAAUUAUCCAUUCGUAAUUAAUCGUAUGUGUGUUAUGUGUACAUAUGGAUGCCCUGUAUUUACGUACAGAGGAUUACGAGCUGUGUCUAAUUAACCAGAGCUCUAGGAUUAAUGUCAACAGACCUGCUGAAUAUUUUAAUAUAAUUUUUAACUAAAAUAAUUAUUAUUAUUAUUUAUUUACAGUAGACUGCCCGUCAUAAGCCUCUUCCUCUCAAUCGGGAGUAAUGAGUCCGAACAGCUUUUCCCACUUGACCACUCUGAAGAGUUUUGUACCAGAGAAUCCGUCAUAAGCUUCCGUUAAAAUUCUCAAAAUUAUAAUGCCCCUGAAGUUAGCAGGCAAUUAACAAUUUUAAAAUUUUUUUUUUCAACAAUUUAAUUUAGAAAAAAAAAUACUAAAUAAAUGCACUUGUAGAAAAUUUUAAAAACUAUAGGUGCAAUUUUUUUAAAUUUAUCCUUUUUAAAAAAAUUAAAAAAUUACUAGACCUCAGCUACUUUCAGUAUCCAAAAUUACAAACUAAGAAUAGGAAAAAAUAGAUAAAUUAAUUAUAAAAAUUUACUAUCUACGUUUCGCGGAGUAAAUAUAAUUUAUUGUCCAUAAUUGUAAUCAUGAAGUCAAUUUAAAGCUUCUGUUAUAAUUGAAAAGUUUUAUAGACCAUUAUCCUUAUUAAUAAAAUGUAAAAAAAUCCGGAGUGAAUGCGGUAGGGGUGACUAUUUAUUUAAUCCCCUUGGAGUGAAAUUUACUCCGAAUGGGAGUAAAUGUGGGUUUAAAUAAAAUCAAAACCAUUACGAAAUUACUCCGUUGAAAAAAAAACUCCCUAUUCACUCCCUAUACAGAGUGAUUUUUUUUAAACUCCGAAACUACGAGUAAAUUCGGAUUUCAAUCAAAUCCGUAAUCACUCCGAAUUUACUCCCGAUUUGUUACAGUGUAUAAGCACCAGAAAAAUCGUAAUAGUCACGUAUGUAACAAAACAUAAAUAUAACAUAGAGAAGGCUUAUAACGGAUACUCAAGAACAAAACUAAAUGUACGAUAGUGAAAAACUGAAAUUCUCAGAAAAAUUUCUCCCACAUCCCCAAGACCAAGCUUAUAACGAAUAGUCGACUGUAAAUAUUAAUAAUAAUAAUAAGAAUUAUGUUUGGCGGUUGGGACCACCUUGUCACGAUCGGACAAUAGAAUUCUUUGUAUGGUUGUCUGUACAUCACGUGCUACCAAAGAAUUUAAAAUUAAAAACAUUUUAUUAAUUAACUCAAAAAUAAUAAAUAUGUAGAUGUAGUAAUUGUUGGUAGAUUUCUGUUUUUAUUAUUUUUUAAGACUUUUUUUUUCGAGUGAACGGCGAACAACAAACGAACAAAGUGACCGAGUCACCGCUACGGUGUUUUGAGAUUUGAAUUUUCGCGCGUUAAUUUUUUAAGUUCUAUUCGUUGUUUUGUAAAUAAUUUAUAUGGAGUGAAUAAUUUUCAUAUAAAUAUAUAUAUUAUAUAUAUAAAUAAAUAAAUAAAUAUUAUUAUUAAUUAUAAAAUGAUAGAUAUAGAGGCAUAUAUAUAUUUAAUGCGGCUCCUAAAUAAAAUAAUGAGCACAAUGUGAGAGUAUAUGUGGCAAAGUAUGUUAUGAACACAUUCCAUCUGGACAAAGUUUAUUUAAAAAGGAUAUUGAUAUUGAUAUAUUGAUCGAGAAAUGUUCCCUUGGUGCACUCAAUAAAAAACAAAGAAAAAAAAAGAAGUUUAUUAUGAAAAUAUAAAAAUAAAUAAAGCGAGCGUAGUUACCCCGCAUGUGUUGAUUGAUCUGAUUGAUGGUUGGGAAUGCGCUUGGUAUUUAAUUGUCGUGCCUCGGAAAAUAAUGCCUCGACAGGUAAAGAAUAAAAAAAAAAAAUAUUCCGUAGCAAAUUUUCUAACAGCGAUUUCGGUUUGGUUUUAAUUGUUUAGUUUAUCAUUUAAAUGUGCAAUCGCAUCAUGUGCUCAUCGCAUAAGUUCCCAGCUUAUUCCACAAAUAAAUAAAUAAUUAAACAAUACAUAACAUAACAUAACAGUUCAAUAAAAUACAAUAGUAAUAAUCCAGUAACUGAUACAGUCAUUUAAUUAAAAAAUUUACCAAAUAGAUUGAUAUGCAAACAUUUAUAAUUAGAUCAUUAACCGAUUACUGAUUGGAUGUGAGUGCACGUUCACAUACUGCUUGAUAAUUAAUUAAUUAAUUCAUUAUUAUUAUUAGUAUCAAUAUAACUGUCAUUAUUAUUAUUAUUUUAUAUUUUAUAUUUUUUAUUUUAUUGUAAUCUUGCACUGUAAAAAAUUAGUGGAGUAAAUACGGAGUAAAUUCAGAGUCGAUGACUUUAUUUAUUUAAUCCAUUCGGAGUAAAUUUUACUCCGAAGGAGAGUUUAUUUUAAUAUGAGCGAAUCAGAGUAAAAUUAACUCCGGGGAGAAUUUAUUUUAAUAUUAAAACUCUGAAACGGAGUAAAAUUUACUCCGGAAGAGUUUAUUUUCAUAUGAAAACUCCGAACUGGAGUGAGUACGAAUAAAAAUAUCAAAACUACUUCGAAAUCUCUCCAAUGAAAAGUCAAAGUCUAUAUUUACUCCUUCGGCGGAGUAAUUUUUAGUGAAAACUCCGUAACUUGGAGUAAAUUUGAAUUUGAAUAAAAUCUGUAAUCACUCCAAAUUAACUCCCAAUUUUUUACAAUGUAAUUAUCUUGGAUAAAUUUAAAAAUUUUAAAUGAAAAAAAAAAUUACCACGGAUUAUUGCGAUCGGACUUUCGUUUGCCACAACGAGGUGACUCAAGUGUCGAUUCCUCUGUGAUAAUAACAAAACUAAAAAAAAUUUAUUCUUCAUCUUUGAUGUCGCCGAAAUUAUAAUAAAUUUAAGAAUCGCGAUCGACAGAUUUUUUUCCGCAAGAAUAUGGAGGAUUAGAUUAUAAAUUUUAAAAUAAAUAUUAAAUAAUAUAUUAUAGAGAAAAAAAAAUACAUAAAAUAAAUGAUAAAAAAUUAUUAUUAAUUAAAAAUAUUAUUAUCAUUUAAUUGACACUUUUCAAUUGUGCCAUGAGUAUCUUUGUUUAUUUUUAUUUCUCUAAGAAUAAUUAUUGGAAUAAAUAUAUAUAUUUAUAUAUAUAUUUAUUUUACUAUUAAAAUAUUAAUAAUAUUAAGAAUUAUUGAUUUUUAUGUUAUAUAUUUACGAAAUAAAUUUAAAUGGAUAAAUAUAUUAAUAUUAAUAUUGAUAUUGAUUAAUAAAUAAGUGUAUAAGCCGCGAAAUUAAACGGAAAGAGACACUUUCAGUAAAAAUAAUAAUAAUAUUAAUAAUAAUAAGUGCACAGUGUAAUUGUUUUGCUGCACUGUUGUUGAGAUAAUAAAGGGUUAAUACAAUUAAAUAAAUUGGCGGGAUGAUAUGGAUCGAGUUUAUGAUAUUUAUUAUUAAAGUGUCCGUUCCUUAAUCCAUACGGGUGACAGCUCUACAGUUUAUAUAAUCGUGAAUUGAUGUAUAUUAAUAAAACAUGAUGGAAAACGCAUGUAUUUGUUCCUAAAGAAAUUAAAUAAAAUUAAUGAAUAAUA